AAGUGUUGAUUAUUUUCUGAGAAAGAAAAGAGUGUGAAUAUUUUUGGAAGAGAAAGAAAAGAGGUGAGAGAGAAAAAAGUUUUUAGCUCGCCGACGGUGGUUUAGGUGGUGGUGGCGCCGAGGCGGAGGUCUUGCUCGUUGUGGCGACAUGGAUGUUGGAGAGAGGUGGCAGUGGAUGUUAAGAUGCGGAGGUGUUGCACAGGAUAAGACGGUGAUCAACCGGAUAAUGCUCAGGUUCCGGCCGAUAGCACCGAAACCUGCCGGAGACUCAGGAUCAGGUGGGUCCUUUGUUGAUAACAAGAAUUCUUUGCUUUAUCGGGCUAGAUCUAAAAGAAAGUAUGUUAGGGUUCGCAAAAAUACGGGACACAAGCGAAAGAAAAGAGCAUCAUCGUUGACAGAAGAAAAAGUGAUAGCUACUUUACAGUUAUUACCGGAGGAAAAUGAAUCAAAUGCUCAGGCGAACAAUCUUAAUCAUCCGGUUAAUACUAACAUUAAUGCAGAAGGUGCAGUAAUUUCAGAACGCAUUAAUUAUCUAGCUCUACCGUGGGUAAACAAUCACAACCGUGUGAUUGAUAACACGUGUAAUGGUCAGGGUUCGGAUCUUACGGUGAUGGUAAAGAGGGAGAUUGUAGAGUCGUGGGUGACGGUGGAGUGCGUGACAGACAUUACAUGCAUGGAAGCGAGAGCAAUGGGCCGUACGGAUGUGGAGAGGAUGAAGAAUCUGGAGGGGGACUCGUGUCCCGGGUUCAUAUCUGACAGUUUAAACAGGGUGCAGUGGGUGAAUGUAGCAUACAGGAGGAUGCUUUCGGUGAGGGAAGGAAAUGACGGUCAGUCACCGGAGAUGAGGGUUUGGUUGGUGGUGAAAGAGAAUCUGCCAUGCUUAUGCCCAGCGUUUUCAUGCAGGGUGAGAGUGCAGUAUACGUGGCAGAAAGAGAAGUGGUCAAGAACAGUUCCAUGUGAUGUUUGGAGGAUGGACAGUGGGGAGUUUGCAUGGCGGCUGGACGUGGAAGCUGCACUCACUUUGGGACGUUAAAAUACUCCCAGAAGAAGAUCGAAACCCGGAAUUAGAAUGAUCAGGUUUCAUAACUCCAGGGAACUUCCUGGCAGGCAGGAAAUCAAAUCCAAAGAAAGAGAAGAAGUACUUGCUGUACACUUUACUCCUGAAGGUGUAAACAUUCUGGUAAAUUGGUGUUGAAGUUAUCACUGAUGUAGACCUAAUUAGAUGUGUUUUGGUUUUUUUAGACCAAAGACCUAAUUAGAUGUGUUUAUGAAUAAAUAUCUCACUAUUUC